AUAAUAAUAAUAAUAAUAAUAAUAAUAAUAAUAACUCCAAUAAUAAUUCAAAUAAUAAUUCCAAUAACUCAAAUAACAACUCUCUUCAUCUCCAAUCUCGUAAUAACAGCAACUCAAUUCCCUCAAUUAAUAACCUAUCUUCAAUGAAUAACCUAUCUUCAAUGAAUAACUUAUCCAAUUUGUCAAAUUUAAAUAAUCUAAAUACUCUAAACAGUUUAAAUAAUUUAAACAUUUCAAAUAUGUCCAAUAUUUCAAAUAUACAAAAUUUACAAAACUUAUCUUCUUUGAAUAACAUUAAUAACCUCAAUAACAAUAUCAAUAAUAAUAUCAAUAACAACCUCAAUAAUAUCUCAAAUUUAUCCUCUCUAAAUAACCAAAAUAAUAAUCGACAGCAAAAUAUUGACUCAAAUAUAAAUUCAAAUACCAUCUCCCCAAACACCCCAACUGCCUCAAUUAUUCCAAAUAAUUCAAACCAAAACUUGCCUCAAAACUUACAUCAAAAUUUGCCCCAACAUAUACCUCAACAUUUACCUCAAAAUCUCCCUCAAACCAUCUCUCAAAACUUAUCUCAACCUCAACAUGAAAUCAACAAAUCUCUAUUACAAGAACACGAAAAACUGUUUUACACAAAUAGCCUAGCUAUCUUAGACUCAAAUUACCCAAAAUUCAACCAUUUCCCCCUAACCAACCCACCUCUAUUCGACCCUUCUGCUGCUUUUGGUAAAAGAAGAAGAAUAUCAAUCUCAAAUGGUCAGAUUGGCCAAAUUGUUGAAAACCAUGAUUUCGAUUUAUAUACAAAUGAACCAACUUUAUUUGACCCUUCCCCUUUGUUAAAUGGCUUUAAUAGUCCCGAAAGCAUUGACAACUCGAUUAAUAACUCUGAAAAUACAAACCCCCCAAAUAAUAAUACAAAUAAUAACACAAAUAAUAAUCAAUCAAACCAAAAUCAAAACCAAAAUUUCUCUUUGAUACCUCAAUCUCAACCUUACCAAAAUAACCCCAUGCCCUUAUACAAUAAUAACAACAUAAACCUAUUAAACAUUAACAACCCACAAAACUUCUCGACGACUUCCUCAAAUUCUCCAAACUCGUCUCUUCAAAAGCAACCAAGAACAAUUAUAAACAACCUCCUGCAACCUCUUCAUCACCACCACCACCAUCAACAACAGCCAACUGUAUUUAGUUUGGUCAACUCAAAUGGUCAACCACUACAUGGUACAAGUGCUUGGAAGAAACAAAGAUUGCUAGAAAGAAAUAGAAUAGCUGCCUCAAAAUGUCGACAAAAAAAGAAAAAAGCCCAUGCUGAAUUGCAACAAAAUUUUGAAAAAUAUUACAACGAUUCAAAAAAAUUAAAAAAUAAAGUCUUCCAGUUAGAAGCAACUUUAAAUAAAAUGAAAAAAUUAAUGAAAGAUCAUUUUAUAAAAUACCAUGAUGAUAACGCUCAUAAUAUGGAAAUGUUUCAUGAAUUUAUUCAAUUAAGUGAUGUUUCUUCAAAAGAUGAUAAUAUUAAUUCAAAACUUGAAAUUCAAUCUGAAAACCAAACCCAAAACCAAAACCAAAAUUAAUAAUCAAUUAUCAGUUUUUUUUCAUUAUUUUAAUUCAUUACUUUCAUUCUUUUCAUAAAUUUUUUUAUUUCUACUUUUCUUUUUUUUGUUUUACUGUUAUCUUCUCAAGUAUCCAAUCAUUUAUUCACAAC